AUGAGUAAGAAACCCUCAGUGGGUAACCAGACCUCCAUACCUACGUUCCUGCUUCUGGAAUUCUCAGCAAUUUGGGAACUUCAGAUUCUACACUUCUUUGUAUUUCUAGCCUUCUACUUGGCAACUGCAACAGCAAAUCUUCUCAUCAUCUCAGCUGUGGCUUUUGACCACUAUCUGCACACUCCCAUGUACUUUUUUCUGAUGAACUUGGCCAUGCUGGAUCUUGCUUCUGUUUCAGUCAUUAUGCCUAAAUCCAUGGCAAAUUCCCUCAUGAAUACCAGAUGCAUUUCUUAUUCUGGGUGUGUUUCCCAAGCUUUUCUGUUUGUUUCUUUUUUGACAUCUGACUUCUUCCUUCUCACAGUCAUGGCAUAUGACCGAUAUGUUGCCAUUUGCAAUCCCUUGCAGUAUGAGAUGGUGAUGAAUAGGAGAACAUGUGCUCAGAUGCUUGCUAGUGUAUGGAUCAGUGGUUUUUUCUUUGGAAUCCUGCACACUAUUGGCACAUUUACAGUUCCUUUUUGCUCUAAUAUUGUCAAUCAGUUCUUCUGUGAGAUCCCACAAUUAUUAAAGCUCACUUGCUUAGACCUCAAUCAAGGUGAAGUUGGAAUUCUUGCAUGCAGUAUUACUAUAGUAUUAGGUUUAUUUAUCUUCAUUUUGGUAAGUUACGUAAAGAUCUUGAGUGCGGUGUUCAGAAUACCAUCUGCCCAGGGAAGACAAAAGGCCUUGUCCACUUGUCUUCCCCAUCUCAUUGUUGUCUCUGUGUUAAUGUUCACAGGAAUACUCACUUACAUGAAGCUUCCCUCAAAUGUCCCAUCUGAUUUGGAUAUGAUGCUGACUAUUACAUAUUCCCUCGUCCCACCGAUUUUAAAUCCAAUAGUUUACAGCAUGAGAAACAAAGACAUUAAGAAAGCCCUGUUCAAACUAUUAGGUCCAAGGUUUUGUUCUAAGCAUGCUUUUUCUACCUCUCCUUCCUAG